AUGCCGCCGUCUCCUCAGAAACUGCUUGACUAUCACCCCGAGUACCGAGUUCUUGUAUGCACACAGUGUCAAUACGCUAUCCAGCCCCGGGCCAUCAACCGGCAUCUUAAAGAAAUACACAAGAUCUACAGAUCUGCCCGGCACCCGUAUACCACUUAUACGGCCAAGUACAACCUAUCCGAGCCUGGGGAUGUCGUCAAGGCUCGAGUCAUCGACUUUCCGAUUCCCUACUUGCCAGUUUUUGAUGGGCUAAGAUGCCUUGACACUGACUGCGAAUAUUUGUGCAUUUCCAACAAGCGGAUGCAGAAGCAUUGGCUCUCGGAACAUGGACGCCAUGGCUAUGCAGAUAUCGACUGGACUCCAGCGCCGUUGCAAACAUUCUUCCGUGGAAACCUGUUGCACUACUUUACAAGUAUAGACAUUACUAAAACAAGAAUAGCAAGACGUUCAGCAGCAACACUAGGGACUUCAGAUCAAAACUUGCUUCAACACUUUCAGACAGUAACAUGCAAGACCCUCCCAAGUCAGCACGAGCAAAUCUGGCGUCUCGCUGUCCCUAGCAUCGCCGAGCACAACCCAUUCCUGAUGCAUGCGGUACUGGCUUGCUCAUCACUCCACCUCGCAACAAAGUAUCCAUUGGAUCAAGUUUACCUCACACUAGCACACAAACACCAGAACAGAGCCAUGGCACUAUUUCGAGAAGCGAUUGGCCAUGUGGCUAAGACAAACUGUGAAGCGAUUGCCGCCUUCUCGCAUCUGCUCGUUGUCUACGCUUUUGGGGCGGAGAGGCAGGAAAACACUCUCCUCCUCACCCGAUCUUGCAGCUCAGAUCCAGAUGGCCUAUGUAGCUGGCUAUACUUCAUACGGAACGGAUGCUCCCUGGUGAAUGGCUACCGACAUAUCAUCGCAACUGGUCCACUUGGGAAGCUCGUCCAAAUAUGGGGAGAACCCAACACAGAGAUGAGCCAACAGAAGGCGUCCGAAACCAAGGAAAGGUUGAUGUCCGUCAUUCAGGACGGACAUGACAUGUGGUCUCCUACCGAGUACGAGAUCCUCACCGAUGCGGCAUGCAAGCUAGGGCAUGCGUUCGCGUCUGCGGAAGCGUUGGGCGAUGGCUUCGACACUUGGACUGCCGUUCGCAACUGGCCGACGACAGUCUCAAUCGAAAAUUGA